CUUUGGGUCCUGGGGACUUUUCUAAAAAGGGUAGGUGGAGUUUCCCCUCUCCCCUGUUGCCAAACCUGAGUUUGGGUCACAGCAGUUGGGUGUUGCCACUCUCCGGUCUCCCUGCUGGUAACCCCAACGGUCCUGCUCCCCUUCCCCAUACUAAACCACACGUCUGCCAUUUCGAACAAAUUGGAACCAAGACAUUUAAGAUUUCAGACACGACCCAUCGAAACACCUCAAUGGAUCAGCACAAGUAUCGCACGGCGGGCGUCCAGGAGAAGCUGGAGAUCGUCGGGGUGGAGGACGAGGCUGGAAACCCCAUCAGCGCCCUCACUAUCCUGUCGCUGCUGGAGCGCGUGGCCGGCAUCAUCGACAACGUCCAGUCUGGCCAGCAACGCAUGGAGGAGCGUCAGCUGGAGCUGGAGAGCAGCAUCAAGACCAUCCAGGGCGACGUCCUGAAGCUGGCCAAGGACCACAACGACACCAGCGGCACGGUGGAGAAGCUCCUGCAGAAGACACGCAAGGUCAGCGCCAACGUCAAGGAGGUGCGGUCGCGGGUGGAGAAGCAAAACGUGCGAGUGAAGAAGGUUGAAUCGACGCAGGAUGAGCUGCUCACCCGCAACAAGUUCCGCGUCGUCAUCUAUCAGGGUGAGACAGAGGUCCCAUCAGUGGCCGUCACCAAGUCUCCUAAAGGACUCGGCCUGGACGGGCUGGAGAUCGAGCCCGACUCUUACGACGUCCCCGCCGACCUCUCCUCCGACGAGGAGUACCUGAGCGUGGAGGAGACGGACUCCUCGCGGGCCACCCGCCUCAAGAAAUCCGUCGUGAAGAGCACUGAGAGCCUGAAGGCCGCCUUCUCCAAGGAGAGCAUGAACAAGACCAAAGGCAACCUCGGCACCAAGUUCCACAACCUGGGCGAGAAGGUCAUGCCCCCCGAGCGCCGGGAGAAGAUGCACCAGGCCGGCGAGCGGCUGAAGCAGUCCGGCGAGCGGCUGAAGGAGAACAUCGCCAAGAAAGCUCCGAGCAAAGAGACCUUCCGCAUCAAGCUGAAGAAGGAGAGGGCCGUCGCCGAGGGCCAGGAGGGCGCCGAGGCCGAGGCCGAGCUCCAGGCCGAGGCCGAGGAGCCCUGCCCGGAGGUCGCCUACACCGAGGUCGGCCCCGAAACAAAGAGGGAGGGGCCUGUGGAGGAGGCUGGCGCCACCCGGAUCGGUUAGAGGGAUUACAUCAAUUAGAUAUGACGUGAUAUGACAGCGCUGACAAUGAAGAGGAGGCGGGACACUCGUCUGUGAUUGGUUGACAACAAUGAUGGACAUUUUAAUUUAGUGUGAAUGUAUUAAAACACAAGAGGUUGUUGCCACUGGAAACAAAAUAUCACUAUAUGAACUGGUUAUUUAUUAAAUCUGCAAAAUUCACGUCA